UAAAAGUGACAAAAACGAAAGUCCAUGUAAAGAGAAAGUGAAAGUACAUUUAUCUCUGCGUUGCUCAGUCUGAAGAGACUAAGUAGAUUGAUAGUGUACAGUAUAAUGGUUUAUCUUUGUUAUGUGUGGUUAUGUUUGGCAUUUGCGAUAUUUCUAGGUUACAUAGUUGUAUCUAGCAGAAAACUGCGAACAAAUUUUAUUUUAAAUUUGUAUAUAUUUGGAAAGCUUCGUAACUCGGAAGAAUACAACUUGACAUCAAAUUUUCUGCAAGUCCCCAAAAGAUGGUUCUUUCACUUUUAUGCAGCUGGACUUGUUGUUCACACCCCUGUCCUUCUUGUGAUGGUUCACUCGGUCUUUAUAGCAGAUGAGUUUCCUAAGGAAGUAUCUCUGAUACUGAGUUAUGUUAGAAUCCCAGCAUCCCGAGCUGAGUUACUUCCCCCUGUUCAGAUUAUUUUGGUUCUGUUGAUGGGAGAGAUUCAAAUGAUUAGACGACUAAUUGAGAGUAUCUACAUCAACAGCUACUCUCCCAGCACCAUGAGCAUCAUCAUCUACCUCACAGGAAUCAUCUUCUACUGCCUUCAAGGAGUCAGUGUUGUCUCAGUCAUGCAGGAGAAAUCACUUCGAUUUGGUGCAGUCUGGAAUGACCUUCAGUGGUAUAAUUACCUCUUGAUAUUUAUGUUCAUCUACAGCAGCUACAAACAGCAUGCAUUGAACAACAUCUUGGCUAGUCUAAGACGCAAUAAACAAGGAUCAGUAGUCACAGACAAGCAUCUGAUGCCGGUGGGGGAUUUAUUCAAUCACUGCUCCUGUCCUCAUUUCUUCAUGGAAAUACUGAUCUAUAGUGUGUACUGCGCCAUGUUCUGGUGGAGACAUUCAGUGUGCAAUGCUAUCUGGCUAUUUGUUUUUGUGAACCAGACUUUGGCUGGACACUUUGCACACAGCUGGUACCAAGCAACAUUUCCUAACUACCCAAAGGACAGAGCACCUGUUAUUCCUUUCCUUCAUUAUGAUAGGCUGAACAGUUCUCAUUCUCGGAAGAAAUUGUGAUAAAACAUCGUUGAAAUAUUCUCAUCUGUUAAUAUGUUGUCAUAUUUUAUACAUCAUGGUCAUAAAUUGCUGAAAAAGACUA